AUGGUUCAGAACGCUGCUGCUCGGAUCCCUGCCGCGAAGGCUCAGCUCGAGGUCAAGGACGCGCCGGUCGGAAAGGUGGAGGCGGGCCACUUGCUCGUCAAGGUUCAAGCCGUCUCGAUCCAGCCGGUCGACUGGAAGAUCCAGGACUACGACUUUUUCGUCAAGAAGUACCCGUUCAUUCUCGGGACUGAUGUCGCGGGUGAGGUCGAGGAGGUUGGAGAGGGCGUGAAGAAUGUCAAGAAGGGCAACCGGGUGCUUGCCCACUGCAAGUCCCUCGCCACUGGCAAUCCGGAACACUCGGCCUUCCAGAAGUUCGCGGUCGUUGACGCCCUCCUCGCUUCCAAGAUCCCCUCGUCCGUCUCCUUCGAGCAAGCGACGGUCCUCCCUCUCGCGCUCUCGACUGCCGCUACUGGUCUCUAUCAGUCCACCCACCUGAACCUCCCGCACCCCAAGCCCGACUCGCCCAACCCCGAAGGAAAGGGCAAGGUCAUCCUCGUCUAUGGUGGUUCGUCCUCCGUCGGCACCGCGGCGAUCCAGCUCGCUGUGGCCUCCGGCUUGUCGGUUGUCACCACCUGCUCGCCGGCGAACUUCGACCUCGUCAAGUCCCUCGGCGCCGUCGCCGCGGUCGACUACAAAUCCUCCUCCGUCACCGAUGACCUCGUCAAGGCUAUCGAGAAGGCCGGCAACGAGUUUGCAGGUGUGUACGAUGCAAUCUCCGAGAAGGGGUCAUUCGAGAUCUGCGGGGAGGUUGCGAUGAAGGUGUUUGGGGGCAAGGGCAAGCACUACAUCGCUGCGACGUUGCAGCCGCCUGAGAAGCUUCCUGGAGACGUCAAGUCUGCAUGGGUCUUCGCCCUCGACGUCGUCUCGAAGGACUCCAGCUCCGUCGCCCGCGCCGUCUACCACGACUUUGUCCCCCUCGCACUCGAGCGCGGCACGCUCAAGUGCAAGCCUGACCCGCUCGUGGCGGGCGAGGGGUUGAAGGACGUCCAGAAGGGUUUGGAUGUGCAGAAGAAGGGCGUGAGCGCGAAGAAGGUUGUUGUGUCGGGCAUUCAGAUUUAG